ACAAAAUUGAUUGUUAUAUUUACUGAUAUUAAGCAGUUUUUUUUUUUUAAUUUUACUGCCAUGGAUGCAGAUGCCUUAACGAACGAUGGCGAAAAGGUGCACGCUUGCCGCACCAGUGGUGACGGCAUGGAACAGACCGAAAUCGCACCAACUACGAAAGUAGAACAGGAAAGAACAUCAGCCAGUUUCCAAGUCGUUAAUAAGGUCAAGCGGUCGCAAUUGCCGCGUAAGGAUAGUACUGUGGUCCAAGAAGCGGUAAUUGUGCAUAAGACACCCGUAGGCAACUUGUGUUCGUUGCCUCUGCCCUUGCCUGGACUACACACACUCUACCGGCGCUCCGAAGUUGUGAGCCGGAGCCUUGCACCUGUGCUGCCUAAGGGUGAACUCGUCCAACUCAAGCCCAGGCUGGUGAGCACCUCUGAACCACUGCCGGAGCAUAAGAAAACUAAGCCACCGAAAUUCGUGCCUUAUGAACCAUAUCCAGGUGCCGUGAAUUCCAUGACACCUGCUCAGCAAACAGCCAAGCACAAAGUUCAGCGGGUUAGCAAAAAUAAUUUAGACAUUGGAGUGCUUGCGGACCAGGUAUCUACGUUGCGCACCCUUGAACUAGACCUAGAGGAUGCAGAUGUAAAGCACGCUGAUACAAGCAACGCAGGCAGCGAUGAACUGCAGCGACUGAAGGAAGAGUUAACGAAAACCCGCCAGGAGCGCGAUCAUUUUCAAGCGCAGUAUAAAUUCCAGACUCAGGUAAACGCGGAGCUCAAAAGCCUGUUGGUAGCCUCCGUUGGUGAGGAUUUGCAAACCCGCGUCAAUUUGCUAACAGAGGAUAAAUUGCAACUUGCUCGCGCUUUGCUCGAUACGGCCAACAAUUUAACCACACACACAGAACAAAUCGAAUUUUUGGCCAGCCAGUGCGAGGUAUGGCGCUCCAAGUUUUUGGCCAGCAGCGUUAUGGUCGAGGAGCUAGCCCGCUGGAAAGCCGAUCUGACGCAGAAAAAUCAAAUGCUUAACGAAUCAACCAAGCAACUGAUGCACACCACACAUCAAAUUCGGGAAAUUCAAUUAGACAUACUAAAGCAGCUGAAGUUCUUGGCCAAAAUACGCUAUCUAAAUUUGCCCGCCACGGAUGUUAUCAGUCUAAGCGCAGAGAACUUAAAUAUACUACAACGCAUGGUGUUGCACUCAGGUCUGGGCAUUCCUGAGACAACGCUCAAGCUGUCAAGCGCCACAACGAGCCCGCUCUGUGAUGCAGAGAAGUACGCUGUGCAAGCCCUGGAAUUUGUUAGUCAGCCACUGAUGGCCACGGAUGAAGCUAUUCGAGCGCUUUUCGGUCAGGUACAACGCCCGAAUUACAUGUCAGCAACUAGCGAGUCGGAUACAGCAUCUACCCCUCAGCGAGCGGACUAUUAACAAUUUCACAUUUUAAGAG